AGUUUUACAUACAGUCUCUUGUGAGAUACCCGGCCAGUUGGAUAUCUCUUAGACAAAAAGACAGUUGACUUUUUUACACAUUUUCACGGAAGUAAAUAGACGACGGAAUUUUUUUUUCCAAACGAAAAAAAGCAAUUUUUGGUUCUGUUCGAUUUUUCCAUAGCUACAUCCACAACCACAGAUAAUACAAAUCCGAUUAUGAAUACCGUGUGGGUAUUUUUAUUGGCCACGACUGCGGUCUAUGCAGUCGAUGAUCAGGCCCGAUUAUUUUCGUGGUCAACGAACUCGGAACAAGCGAGCCAAGUAAAUCACCAGUAUCACAUUGAAGCGAACGGCGGGAAUGAAAACUACAAUCAGUAUAGUCAGCAGCAGCAGCAUCAGCAGCAACAACAACAGUAUAGUCAAAAUGAUACGGCCCCCUAUACGGCUGAUGAUUUGAUCGAAUCAAUUUUGGCAUCAAAUCGACAAGGUCGCAAUUUGGACGGUUUCGAUGAAGUUUACAGCGAUCCAACCGUACAGGAUGCACUUCAAAAGGGUGACGAUUCACAGGCACGCAAUCUUAUCAAAGACAAACUCUGCACAUUGGGUUUGAUGCAAUGCGAUGGCCUAGGUGAAGGUGCCAGUGGCAGUGAUAUCGGUCAUAAAAAUGCAUUCUUGCGCCCAGGAGAAUUGAUCUAUGCUCAACCACCACCAAACGGUGCCUAUCAUAUUGGAUCAAAUGGACCAUACCGUGGCGGACCACCAAAUGGCGGCUUCAAUAAACCACCAACCAAAAUUAUUUACGGAGCACCACGCCCAAUGCCACCAGUCUUUGUCAAGCAACCACAAACAUUUGGACCACCACGCAAAGUUGGCUAUGGACCCAUUUACAGUUCACCACCACAAUUCAUUGGUUCAUCACCAUCGUCAGGUUUCUCUAGUCCCGUGUAUCAUUCCAAACCGCCAGGUCCAAUCAUCGAUUCGCCACCAUACAAAUUCGACUCACACAACGGAGAACACAUCCUUACCAAUGAAGAGUUCCAUGCUUUAGGAUUGGAUAGCGAUCAUCAUGUGCCAGUUAAAUCAGCAGUCAACGACGGAAUCACCGGCAGCGCAUCAAAUUCGGUUAAUAUUCAUCAUCAUUACCAUCACCUUGAUCAACACGACAGUGCCAAAGCACCAGCUGUUAUCGUCAACAAUCCAAUUCCAGUUCCUGUCCCAUCAGCUCCGUUAGUUACAGGUGAAUAUCACGGAGGAUUAGCUGGUAAUGGCGGUUUCAACUCGUUGUCAUCGAACUAUCAAUCUGGAUUCAAGGGACAACAAUCCGGUUUCAAUGGCAUUAAUCCAUCAGGUCAAUAUGGCGGCGGAAGUAAACCAAUUUUUGAAAGUGUUGGCAACUAUGAUGGCUCAGGUCCAGGUGCAUCUGGAUUCGGCACAUCCGGCUUUGGAAGUGUUAACUCGCUCGGUGGCGGUGGUGGUUCAUUCCAUUCAUCCAACCCAGACUACUACAAGAAAGCUCUGAAGGGUGGUAGCGGCAUCAACUCACUCAAUUCAUAUGGCAACGGUGGUGGAUCUUCGUAUGGCGGUAUUUACAGCGCUGGCUCAAACUACCAAGAAUCGGCUCGUCAAGAUAACUUUGAUUGUGUUUGCGUACCAUACGACCAGUGUCCAGCUCGUGAUAUUUUGGGUCGCAAAGGUGACUUGAUUUUGCCACUUGAUCCACGUAAUUUGGGCUCAGAUAUCGAAGCCUACUCAGAAGAAUCGAACUCAACGUCAAAUUCAACCGUGAAACGUGUGCCAAAAGAAGCCAAUGAACCAAGCAUCGAUGAAGAAGCUGAUGACGACACACCCGUUGAAAUCGAAACAACCAAACAAGAUGUGAAAAAAGUGUCCAAACGUGAAGUUGCCGGACAGAAAUCGGAUGAAUUGCAAAAAGCUGACGGUGAAGCUCGUCAAUCAUUCAAUUCAAUUCCUCAACAAUGUGGACCACAACAAGUUUGUUGCCGUCGACCAGUUCGUCAACCAUCAUUUGCUCAGCCAGGACAAUGUGGUCGCAGAAAUACCAACGGAAUUACCGGUCGUAUCAAGAAUCCAGUGUACGUGGAUGGCGACAGUGAAUUCGGUGAAUAUCCAUGGCAAGUGGCCAUUUUGAAGAAGGAUCCUAAAGAAUCGGUCUACGUAUGCGGAGGUACUUUGAUCGAUGGCAGUAACAUUCUUACAGCUGCUCACUGCGUUAAAACUUACUCGGGCUUUGAUCUUCGUGUGCGUCUCGGCGAAUGGGAUGUUAACCACGAUGUUGAAUUCUUCCCAUACAUUGAACGUGAUGUGCAAUCAGUUCAUGUUCACCCUGAAUAUUAUGCCGGUACACUCGACAAUGAUUUGGCCAUUUUGAAAUUAGCUGUUCCCGUUGAUUUCCAAAACAAUCCACACAUCAGUCCCGCUUGUUUGCCAGACCGUUACUCCGAUUUCUCUGGUCAACGAUGCUGGACCACUGGAUGGGGCAAAGAUGCAUUCGGUGACUUUGGCAAAUACCAGAACAUUUUGAAGGAAGUCGAUGUCCCAAUCAUUGGACAUCAACAAUGUGAACAACAAUUGCGUAAUACACGUCUCGGUUACACAUAUCAAUUGAAUCCAGGUUUCAUUUGCGCUGGCGGUGAAGAAGGCAAAGAUGCUUGCAAAGGUGAUGGCGGCGGUCCAAUGGUUUGCGAACGAAACGGCGCUUGGCAAUUGGUUGGCGUUGUUUCAUGGGGUAUUGGCUGCGGCCAAGUGAACGUCCCAGGUGUUUAUGUUAAAGUUUCUCACUACUUGGAUUGGAUACAACAAACCACACAAACACGAUUCUAACAAGUGAUAGUAUGAUUUCGUCGAUGUAAUAUUUAAGAUUGUUUAUUUUGACAAAAGCGAAGACCCGAACUAUAUUUAUCUUAAUUUAUUACAAUUAAUUUUAAAUGGAACAUACAUAAUUAGCUUAGCAUUCAUCAUUGUCACACACCCGUCCACACCAUCACACCGUAACAGUUGCUAGAUUAGCUUGAUACAGACGAAUGGAUUCGAUUUGAUUCGAUUCGGAUCGAUUCAAUUUGUUUGUUGCGAGAAAAUUCAACAUGUGAUGUUCGAUAAUGUUCAAGCACGCAUCUAUUGGCGAUAUAUAGCUAUAGAAUUCCCUUACUAUCCCCGAUUCGAAAUUAUUCUGAUGUGUUUUUGUUUUGGAUUAGCAGUAUGGUUAAUCCAAAUGUAAGUGUAAUAUGCAUUUGCAUAUUUUAAGUGUUGAAGCGUUUAAUUUCAUUGUGGUUAAUCGUCAUAGUACGUGAUAAAAUGAUAAGAAAAUACAUAAAUAAAGCUGUAUAAUAUAUGAAAUUCAA